CUGAUUUAUUCCCGUCCAGGAGAAGGAGUGAGAACCGCCGGGUCUGAACAGCCCAAGCGCCGGGUCUCGGGCCCGCAUCUCCACACCAUGCCGUGCCCCCGUUUGCUGGCCGCGCUCUGCGGCGCUCUCCUCUGCGCCUCGGGACUCUUCGCCUUCUCCGGUGACUUCUGUGACUCCAGCCAGUGCCUGCAUGGUGGGACCUGCUUGUUGGACCAGGACAAAACCCCCCCCUUCCACUGCCUCUGCCCUGAAGGCUUCACGGGCCUCAUAUGCAACGAGACUGAGAGAGGUCCCUGUUUCCCAAAUCCCUGCCACAAUGAUGCCGAAUGCCAGGUGACUGACGACUUCCACCGAGGGGAUGUCUUCACCCAGUACAUCUGCAAGUGCCCUCUUGGCUACACAGGCAUCCACUGUGAGAUCGUCUGCACCUCGCCGCUGGGCAUGGAGACGGGCGCUAUCGCCAACUCCCAGAUCUCCGCUUCAUCCAUGCACUUGGGUUUCAUGGGUCUGCAGCGCUGGGCCCCGGAUCUGGCCCGCCUGCACCUCACGGGCAUUGUCAACGCAUGGACAUCCAGCAACUACGACAGAAACCCCUGGAUCCAGGUGAACCUGAUGCGGAAGAUGCGGGUGACAGGCGUGGUGACGCAGGGUGCUAGCCGCGCAGGCAGUGCCGAGUACCUGAAGAGUUUCAAGGUGGCCUACAGCACCAAUGGGCGCAAGUUCCAGUUCAUCCAGGGUGCAGGGGACUCUGGAGAUAAGAUAUUUAUGGGUAAUGUGGACAACAGCGGCCUGAAGGUCAACCUGUUUGAAACCCCUCUGGAGGUGCAGUAUGUGAGACUGGUGCCCAUGAUCUGCAACCGGGGCUGCACCCUUCGCUUUGAGCUCCUUGGCUGUGAGUUGAAUGGAUGCGCUGAACCCCUAGGCCUGAAGGACAACACCAUCCCCAGCAAGCAGAUCACAGCCUCCAGCUUCUACAAAACCUGGGGCCUCAGUGCCUUUAGCUGGUAUCCCUCCUAUGCGCGGCUGGAUAAUCAGGGCAAGUUCAACGCCUGGACCGCCCAGACCAACAGUGCCUCUGAGUGGCUGCAGAUUGACCUGGGCUCUCAGAAGCAAGUGACAGGCAUCAUCACCCAGGGGGCCCGAGACUUUGGCCACAUCCAAUAUGUGGCAGCCUACAAGGUGGCCUAUGGUGACGAUGGUGUGAACUGGACUGAGUACAGUGACCAGGGGGCCGUGGAAAGCAAGAUCUUCCCUGGCAACAUGGACAAUAAUUCCCACAAGAAGAACAUGUUUGAGGCGCCUUUCCUGGCUCGCUUUGUGCGCAUCCUGCCUGUGGCCUGGCACAACCGCAUCACCCUUCGCGUGGAGCUGCUGGGCUGUUAGUGGUAGGCCCGGCUGCAGUGACCGCAAGAGCCGUGGGGGCACCUGCCCCUUUCCUGGUCCUCCUGGCCUUCUGGGCACCUGCUGCCUUUUCCACCCGCCCUCCUGAUUGUAGCUGACCUGGGGGCGGGGGUUUCAGUCGUCUCUCCCUCCCUCCCUCCCUCCCUCCCUCCUCCCCCUCCCCCUCCCCCUCCCACGUGCCCCUGGUGCCUACCCCUCAUGCCAUCCCAUUUUCUUAGGCACGGAGGGCAUUGAGUAGGUCUGGGACGGACAGGGAAGGGCGACGUAGGGUGCGUGGGUCCUCCCUAGCGCCUCUCCCACACCCCCCAUUCGCAAGACCCUGGAGGAAUAGGCCCUGAGGCCCCAAGCUGGAGAGUGCUGGUCUCCUGCCCCUCAGCCCUGGGGCAUGAUGCUGCCACUCUGCUGCUGCCACCUAGCUCCCCGACACUUCCCCCUCAUCUCCCUGGAGACCCCUCUUGACCCUCCUCCUGAAGCUGAGAGAGACAGAAGCGGGUGGGGUGGGUCUGUGGAGAGAUGGGGGAGGAGGUGGCUGGGCCUGGAGGGCCCUCUGUGCUGGUUCUUCACCACCGAGUACACAGGCAGCUUCCAAAAUAUAUUUAUAUCACCCACUGAACUCUCGCUGUGGUU